UGGCCUGGCAGGCACCGUAGCUCGCUAUACUUGUAUCCGCGCCAGCUCGCCAAUCCACCAGAGGAUCGUAGACGAAGGCCUCCAGCAAGGUCAGGAGCGUCUCGCGGCCUCUACGCAUCACUCUCAAGGGAUGGGAAUAUAAUAAGCAUCGAUCGCAUCGUAAUUUUGCAUUGAUUCGUUUCCCAUCGACUUUUCUCUCGAACCGACCACUGAUAGCAGCUGAUAGUUGGGACAGUUCUUUGUCAGGGAAACCACACGGAUGAGCAGAUAAGUGAAGUCACACUUGAACGAACAAAGCAGUGUCCUAUCGGUCGCAGAUUGCUUCGUAUUGAUUCACAUUCUCUCGUUAAAACUUAUUACAAACGUUCUGAUGAAAAUAAAAAAUUCGCGCCUCCUCAAGGGGAAACUCCCGUUUCUUCCAAAAGUGACGAAACAAAGGCGAGAGUAUCAUCGAAAGCCUGUUUCUCUUCGUGUUUGUGGAAGGUAAAUGGCCAAGAGUAAAAAUUGUAUUCACGAUUUCACGCAACAGUUUUUUGUAUAACUGAGACCACAUCUUCCUAAGGCAAGCGAGAUUAAGACAUGAAUACAUAUUUAAUCUGAUUUCUCUAAAUUUAUCUAUCUGCGCAACAUUUUUACGGCAAAAAAGAUAAGAACUAUGUAUUUAGAAGAGAGCACCUUUACUGACGCGACCGUAAGCAUCUCGAGUUCUUCUCUAGCAACCCCCUUGCCAGAAAUUGACGCUAGAUCCAUUUGGAUCUUCGUAGAUAGCUUCCUAUUUAUCGUGAUCGUUUCGGGGAAUGUUCUCACGAUACUGGCAAUCGCGUGGGCCCGCAAGCUUCGGAGCGUCGUUUCCAAUUACUUCAUACUCAACCUAGCGGUGUCGGAUCUCCUGGUGGGUGCAUCGUUGCUGUAUCACCUGGCGUUUUACGUGGAUAACUCGUUGAACUACAACAAGGCGGUGUGCAUCUCGCGCUUCGUCAUCAUCGGCUUGGCCUGUGGCGGAAGCGUAUGUAAUAUCAUAGCGAUCGCCAUAGACCGUUACAUCGCCAUCGUGCACCCGUUGGGUUACAACGCGUACGUGACGAGGAAACGCGUGCUGAUUAUCAUAGCCAUCGGCUGGACAUGCACCAUGAGCGUGUCGUCCAUACCGACAUAUUGGAAUUGCUUCGACACCUUAAUAACGUGCGAAAUGGAAGAGAUAUUGCCGAGAAACUACAUAUUGUUUAUCCUGCUGCCGUCCUUUUUUCUCAGCUGGGUAGCAAUGUUUCUGUUAUAUUGGAAGAUUUGGAAAGAGGCGUCCGGGCAUGCACGCCGAAUGAAUUGCGGUAGUAUUUCCAACAUUGCUGAGAAAAUUGAUCGCAAAAGCGUGCAGGUAGUGCUGCUGAUACUUGGCUGCUUCUCAAUUUGCUGGCUUCCCUACAUCAUCGUACUUUGUAUCCGGUCCUGUGACGUGGAAACGUUUCCGAUGGAUUACUAUAAAGUUACAUUUGCAUUGGCAGUUGCCAAUAGCGGAAUGAAUCCCUUCAUAUAUGCAUGGAAAAACACCAAUUUCCGCAAGGCCUUUCAGAAAAUUUGGCACUGCAAGUCGCCAAAUCAAGAUUUAAACUCGAGCUUCAAAAUGUAUUUGGAGAAACAACGUGAGAUAAAGAAUCAGCAGACGAAUGCAGAAAAUGGUAAACAAGAAAAUGGCAAUUUACAUGGAUAGUCAUCCGGUUGUUGACCUAAUCUAGCGAAGAAUAAAGUUGACAACACAAUUUUGUAAAUCUAAUUCUGUAGAGUUGAAAAUUCGAUGGAA